UUGAGUUCGUUAUUUUGUGCUAGUUUGGAUGAUUUCGUCUUUACGAUAAGAAUUUAUAAAUCGUUUCUACAUGUGAGAUAACUGUUAGUCUGUGUCUUAAACAUCCCCGCUGUUAAACAUCUUCUUGCUCAUUUCAGGUGAUCUUGUGAAACAAUGGCGCUUUACGAAGUUAGUUUGCCUAACACCAGUCACCCGCAAGAGAUGAAAAGUGAAAACUUCAAAUCAAUCUAUAACAAAAAGAUUGGUAAAGUUCCUGAAAUAACAACCCUGAAUGAUUUGAUUCGUGAACUUCACGUUGUGUUUGAGAGUGAUCAUGUAAACAUAGAGUAUGUUCAUGCUCUCAUGUCGUCCUACAAGAGCAACCCAGCGGAUUGGAAGAAGUUCGCCAAGUUUGACCGUUACAAGUAUACAAGAAAUCUGGUGGACAAAGGUAAUGAUAAGUUCAACCUAAUGAUUCUAUGUUGGAAUGAAGGUCAAGGCUCUUUGAUUCACGACCAUGCCAACGCACACUGCUUUAUGAAAAUGUUGCAGGGCCAGUUAUCAGAAAUAAGAUUUGAGUGGCCAAAAGAUGAAGAAACAAUCCCUACUCAAGCCCAACCAAACAAAAUGGUGGAAAUUUCAAGAACCACGCUUCAUCAGAACGAAGUCUGCUACAUCAAUGAUGAGCUUGGCCUUCACCGAGUUGAGAACCCAAGCCACAGUGACGUAGCCAUUAGUCUUCACCUCUACUGCCCUCCCUUCAACCAGUGUGCUGUCUUUGAUCUGCGUACUGGUCAAAAAUCAAUCUCAAAAGUCACCUUCUGGUCUCUCUACGGCCACAGAAAAAACAAGUCAUCUCAAGAAAAUGAAGAGAAAAAGAUGCUUACAUCAGAGUGAAAAGAAGUAUUAUCUUCAGUGUUACUUGUUUUCAAAAGACACAAAUAAAACUAAGUGGAGUUCAUUUGUGAUGUUAAUAAGCCACUGCCACAAUCCACACUAUUUAGAACUAACUAUAUUUAAGUGUUUAGAAUAUUAUGUAAGGUAUUAAUUAUUUUCAUUAGGAAACAAUCUUUGAAUAAACUUGUUUUUGUUUUUAAA